AUGGCUCAGGUCGGCGGAUACAUCGACCCCAAGUUCCAGGGCGUCCGUGAUGCCUUUGAGAAGCACAUCAAGUCUGCCGAAGAGAAUGGCGCCUCUUUGUCCGUCAACCUCGACGGCCAGGACGUUGUCAGCAUAUAUGGAGGUUACGCAGACGCCGCCCGUACUCAGCCAUGGAAGGAGAACACCAUUGUCAACAUGUUCUCCUGCACCAAGAUCGUCUCGGCUCUUGCCAUGCUGAAGCUCGUGGACCAGGGCCGAGUCUCGGUCAACGACAAGGUCGCCAAGUACUGGCCCGAGUUUGCCGCCAAUGGCAAGGAGAACAUUGAGAUUCGACACAUUCUUUCACACAGCUCUGGAGUCGCCGGCUGGGAAACGCCUCUGACCAUGGAGGGACUCGUCGACCUCAAGCAGAGGACGGAGGAACUGGCAAAGCAAGCACCCUUCUGGGAGCCUGGUACGAUGUCGGCAUACCACUGCUGGGUAUACGGCCACUUGAUCGGCGAGGUUGUCCGCCGUGUCACUGGCUCGAGCCUCACAGAGUUUGUAGCCAAGGAGCUGGCCGAGCCCUUUGGUGCAGACAUCCAGAUUGGCUGCAAGGAGGAGGACUGGGGCCGAACCGCCGAGUUGACCCCGCCGCCGGCCCUCAACGUUGGCCCCAUGCCCCCGGACGCGAUGCCCGUCAAGAUCCUCAACCCCUACCCCGACGCCCUCUUUGCCAACUCCCCGGCCUGGAGACGUGCCGAGAUUGGUGCCGCCAACGGUCACGGAAACGCCCAGGGCUGCGCCCGCUUGUUCUCCAACGUGACGCUGGCCGGAAACGGCGGCAAGCUCCUAUCCAAGAGUACCGUCGACACCAUCUUCCAGGAGCAGACCCGCGGCGCCGAUGGCUUCAACGGCCUCAACAUCCGCUGGGGUAUUGGACUGGGACUGCGCGGCGACGGCGAGACAUCGCUCGAUGAGUUCCUGCCGCCGGGCCGCGUCUGCUUCUGGGGAGGCUGGGGUGGAUCGCUCUGCGUCAUGGACCUUGACCGCAAGAUCACCAUCUGCUACGUGAUGAACAAGAUGCGCCUCGAGGCUCCCGUAACGCCGCUUGUCAAGGAGUACAUCAAGGCGGCCUACAAGAGCAUUGGUGUCGAGUGGUAG